CAGCGCCUUUCAGCAGACGCACUCUUAAAUACAAAUAGAAAUAAAUAAAAUAAUCAAAAUUAAAUUGCGCUAUUUCGGUGAAACUGCUAGCGCACGUUUUAAGUACAUUUAAAAGAUCCAAAUUAACUUAAGCACAGCGCUCCAAAACCGAACCCACGUGCGAUUUAAAUGCGUUUUGAAAUUAGCAAUUUCGAGACGUAAAUUGCAUUGCAAUUCUAGACGGCAGCCGCAUUGCUUAAUUAAUAAUAAAACACACUAACCCGUUUCAGAGAUCCAUCUAGGAUGCAAAACAAUCCCAGUCCACAGUUACCAUGCAAGGGCAUUUUAAAGACUUCUCGCAGCUUUGACAAGUCGGGUGCCAGCUUUCGCAAAAGUGCCAAGUUCGAUGAGCUCAAUGUGCUGCAAACAUUUCAUCCAGUCGAUAAGGACUAUGGGCAUAUGAAAAUCGAUGAACCAAAAACACCUUACAACUAUACGGAACCAUUUAAUGAGAACAAAGACGAGCUGGACACCGAGCUGCUAGUAGAGAAACUACGAAUUGCGGCCAGUUCACAACAGACUCCCCAAAGCAUUGAUGACGAAGGGUCUUCCGGCGAUGAUCAGCCUAUUAGCGAAGAGGAGCGACAACGACGUCGUGAAUUUGAGCGACGACGCAAGGCGCAUUAUCGUGAAUUCGAGGCAGUUAAAUUGGCUCGCAAAUUGAUUCAGGAGGAGGACGAUGAUGAUGAGGAUACUGAUGUAGCGUCUGGCUCUAUCGAAGCCUCCAGUUCGACCAGCUAUGCGAGCUGCUCAAAGCAAAAGUCAAGUCCAAAAGCAGCCACAUCCGCGUCCACCAAUGCCAGCAAUAUCUGUAGCAACAACAUGGAGCUGGAGCCUUCCCACAAUUAAGAGCAAUAUGUAAAAACAAUAUCAAACAGGGUUCUAACUGGCGUUAAUUGUUGAUGUUAAUCGUUGUCCGCGUUGGUGGCUCAUCCGAAACUUAAUUUAUUGCUGCGUGAUGAAUUGAAUUGAAUUGAAUUUACAUUUACAUUUACCCAGCGGGUCGGGUAACGUUCGUAUAUUUCAAAAAGCAGCCGGAGCAACAUUGUGCUUUCCAUCAAUGAAAAUAUAUAUAACAAAAGAAAUAGAAAUCUAUUGAAAUUAAGCUGCAAGAUAUUUUACAACAAAAGUGCACAUUAUAAACUAAUAUACGAGUAAAUAUAUAUAUAUAUAAAUUGGUAGCGUUAUAUAUAGUUGAAUGCUUUUUUGAUCUGAUCUAUUUAUUCUCAGUUGAAUAACUUAACUCAAUCCUUAGACCAAAACUCCAAGCAGAACGCAUUCAUUUGCAUUUAAUUUUCAAUAAGUGGAAAUUUAAUUUCUAAACACACACACACACAUUA